AUUCUUGCACUACCAUGCCAUAACACACUUCAGAAGUAUAUGAGAAGUUUUAAAAGUGGAUUUGGCUUUAAUCCAAAAUAUUUGAUGCACUAAAAGAAAAAGUUAGAGAAUUAGAUGAAUUUCAAAAACAUGGUGGGCUUUCAGUAGAUGAACUCUCAGAAAGUUAUCACAUUACAUCCUCUGGUCUUAUUGAAGGAUUUGUAGACUUGGGUGAUUUUACACCAGAACACACAAAGACUACUUCAUGUGAUCGUGGCAUGGUGAUAAUGUACCAACCAUUAACAGGAGACUGGCAACAGAUUCUGGGAGUAUUUGCAACUGGAGGCAAUAUAUCAGGUGAGUUGCUAUCAAAACUACUACUGGAAGCUAUAACACUGGUUGAAAGAUCUGGACUAAUGGUAGACUUUAACACACGUGAUGAUACGUCAUGGAACAGGAACAUGUGGGCUCAAUUUGGAAUUGGAUAUAAGCCAGUUGGCAAAAAAAUUUCAUAUAAAGUAACUCGUCCAGUAGAUUCAAAGAGAAAUUUUCAUUUCAUAUCAGAUUUCCCUCAUUUCAUUAAGUGCUUGAGAAAUAAUUUUUUGAAAGGUCCAUUUAAAACCCCCGAAUGGGAGGUGUAUAUUGAACAUACGAAAAAGGCAUGGAAACUGGAUGAUACUCCUGAAACCCUGAAAUUUAUGCCACAUGUUUUCAGCUAUGUAAUUAAUCCAAAUAAUUAUGAAAAAAUGAGGGUUAAUUAUGCAUUCAGACUGUUCAGUGAUGAAAUGCUAAAAGGUCUAUAUGCCUAUUGAGACAAAAUUGAGGAGUUUUGGAAUUAUAUCAGCUACACAAAAUUUUGUUAAGCAAAUUAAUGAUCUUAUUAAUAUUACGAGCUCACGUGUUCCGUCUAAUGGGU